AAUUUUGGCUAAAUCACACUUUUCUACAAUUUUACUCUCUAAAAUGUGAUUUAUUACCUAACUGUAACACUAACCUUAACCACACUGCUAUCCUUAUGUCUAACCUUAGAUUAAGACAAAGAAAAACACAUUUGUGUUUUCAUGAAUUUGCCAGCCAAUCAGCAUUCAUGGCUCAAAUUACUCAGUACAUAAUUUUGCAUAUAGUCAUAGUGUACAGUCAGAAUAAUCAAUUGCUCGGCUCUCUCUAUCCUACCCGUUGUCUCAGUACAAACAUUUCGCUACACCCGCAAUAACAUCUGCUAAAUAUGUGUAUGCGACUAAUACAAUUUUAUUUUAUUUUGAUUUGAAGUAGGCUUUGGUGUGAAGUCGACUCGACCGAGUGCGAAAGUGCGCAUGCUCCAGCACUAGCGUGCGUGGGAAACUUCAUUGGGGACGUCACGGUGUAUACGGACACAUGUCUACCGGAUUUCUAUCACUGUUCUGAAAAAAAAGCCAUUCUGAAGAAAAUAUAUUUUGUUGCAGUGUUUUCACUGGACAUCUAGCCUACCUCAACUCAGUUUGAAAGGACAUAAUACGUUUAUUAACGCUCCAAACAGGAUGACUAAGGUGAUUAACACACAGGAACCUGUGAUGGAGGACUUCAGUGUAGCUGGAGCUGUGUCAGGGGAUCAGGGCAGAUCCUUUCAGAUUUUCCCAGAUACCCAUGAGCGGAAUCCCAAGCUGUCCAAGAGACUUCCCUCUAUUGUGGUGGAGCCCUCUGAUGGGGGCAAUGUGGAGAGUGGGGAACUACGCUGGCCCCCUAAGGAUCCCAACUCUGCUGAGGUCCCAAGUGGGAUACAGCCCUACAAACACACAACUCUUCAGACCACACAGGAUCAGACUGCAGAUGAAGAUCUGAAUCUUAGGGUGCAGGACAGCAGUGAAGUGGUGUCUGGGGCUGUAGUGGAGGAAUCUAACUGAGAAGAUCAUCCAUCCACCUCCACAGCUGCUCUCGCUGUGAAUGUGUCCAGAGUAAGAUAGAUAGGCAGGGGCAUGGAAGAGAGGGUAGGAGGUACUUGGAGGGUCGUAACCCUUACCUGCACACUGCCAGAACACCUAUGAUUUAAUUUGGAUGUUUAAGCUGGACAGCGUUCUGUAAAGCUGUCUUAAAUAUCUUGCUCACAUUUGCCAUACUACUGGUGGUAGCUACUUUCUGCAGUUUUCAUAUACAUGCAAACUAGAUCACAGCUACGCAGCACUCUCAAAGCUGCAAUAUGUAACUUUUUGGGCGAAACGACGAUUUGAGUUUUAUAGAUGUGAGUUUUAUAGUUGUAUAUUGUCAUUCUCAUUGGAAGCAAGUCUAAGAAGUGGUAGAUAUGUUCUAGGUCCGCUAUUUCUAUGCUUCCCAUUCUUAAGUUUUGUUUUUGCUUUCGCUUUUGUACACCAGCUUCAAACUUCUGAAAAUACAACAUUUUUGGUUAUUGAAAAGAUAUUUCACAGCGGUUUAGAUGCUUGUUUUUUCACAUAAACUCAAAUUAGGCAAACUAUUCUAAUUUUAACAACCAGGAAAUGAGAGCGAUUUCUGCAUAUUGCACCUGAAUCAUUUUGUUGUCCUCUCUCUGUAGAAAUGCUGAUACUGUGUAAAAAAAAUGGAGUACCUUUUAAGAACUGAGGUGUUUUUGAAAAGCAGCAUUUAAAGUUGUGUCCAGCAUAUAUACUCCAAGUAAAAUUUAAGAUGCAUAAAGUGGUUACAACUGUGGGUAUUCGUGUGUAGUGAAAAACUACUAUUCUGGUUGGCAAUUUUUUGCGUCUGGCUUCAUAUGUGUAAGCGUAAUUUUUUUUCUUAAAUUUCUUCUACUAUAAAAAGCAACAGCUUAACAUCCAGAGAUAAUCAUAGUUGUUACAAUCCAUGACAGUGAAAAUGCUGUGUAAUGUAUUUACCGCAACUGCAUUUGUCUAAUCUGCAGUUUUUAUAAACAGUAAAAAUGUGAGUGCUUAGAUUGAAGCCUCAUGUAUUGCAUAAAUAAUAGUCUUUAGGCUUGCCAAAGUUUUUUGUUACCUUGAUUUUUGUCAGCCUGUGCCUAUAUACCUAUCCAACACUCUCUCACCCCAUUCAUGUAGAUCCCCUCCCAACCACACACAGUCCUGGCUUGCAAUCCCCAUGUCUGAUGGCUCACGUGAAUCUGGUUUCCUGGUAAAGGUCAGAUACAAUGUUUUCAUCUAGACAUGAGUGGCAGGGUCUCAAUCUUAUUUCUCCAUCUCUUUCCUUUUUGAAUGUGACCUUUCAGCUGACUGUUUAGUGAAGGACCCACUCCUGGGAAAACGAGUGGGCAGAAUUGGAGAGCAAGGAGUGAGACGGAGAAAAAAAAAAAUAUGGUGUAGAUAACCUUUUGACAUUUGAAAAAAAUAUAUAUUUUUGAGAAAUAGAAGAUCAAUACUGUGCACUACUUAAGCCUUGCAGGCCUUAAUGCUCAAAUCAGUUUUGUUUUUCAAAUCCAUUUUGGACUACUGUCUGUCCAAACAGCAAGUUACAAGUGAACAAAUCAGAUUUGUGUGUUCAGACAGCAGUCAUUUGCUGAUAAGGCUUUGCUAGUUGUCAUAGAAAUUGCGGGUGUGUGUGGAGUCAGUGGUGUAAAGUACAGUACUUAAAACAAGUUGUUUAUUGGGGUAUCUGUACUUUACUAUUUAUAUUUUUGACAGCUUUUACUUCAUUACAUUCCUAAAGAAAAUAAUUUACUUUCUACUCUGUACAUUUUCCCUGACACCCAAAAGUACUUGUUACAUUUUUACAGGAAAAUGGUCCAUUCACACACUUAUCAAGGGAACAUCCCUGGUCAUACCUACUACCUCUGAUCUGGUGGACUCACUAAACACACAUGCUUUGUUUGUAAAGGAUGUUGGAGUGUUGGAGUGUGACCCCAGCUAUCAGUAAAUUAAAGAAACAAGAAAACGG